AAUCAUUCUCCGGUUAAUCUAAAUGCUGGGGUCAGGUAAGGGUACCUAUAUAAAAUAGGGAAACGAUACAUCGAGAAAUUCAUUCUGUACUAUCUGUUGCGCAUUUGAGGGAAACGUAUGUUGAACACUGUUGAAUAAUUUUUGAAAACACAGGUGGCAUAAUGAAAAACAUACUGAUGGCGACUGUUUUCACAUUAUUUUUCACAUUAGACUGUUCAUUAGCGGAAGAAACUCAGAAUCCUUCUAAAGAAGAUAUUAUUUUAUUGAUUGAAAAAAUUGAUAAAAUCCUUCGGGAGAAAGAUUACGAGAAAUUUCGUACGUACUAUCCACAUUUUUUAGAAAUGUUUGUUAAAUUUUGGAAACAAACGCAGGAACAGAAUAAAGAAUUCAACGUAAAAGACGAACGAUGGGAAAAUGCAGUCAAUGAUCUUCCAGACCCAACCGGUGAAGAAGGUUCUACCGCAGUAUUGCGCUUCUUAUCUGCCUGGUUAAAUAACGACGAAGUUAAACGCAAACGAGGAUAUCAUCGAGCGUUAUGUCACUUCAAAAUUUGCAACAUGGGGUCUAAGAGGAGUAACUCUUGGGACAUGUGGCGAAAUAAUCCUCAGUGAACGAACAAAUAAUGGCGAAAAAAUAUCGUAAAUAGCGUUAAUAUCCUAAAAACCAGACUUUAAAAAAAAAGAAUUUUAAUAUUAUUCGCUUUUAAAAUCGCGUUUUUUAAAACUUACCUAUUUAAUUGUAAAUGACAAUGAUAAGAAUACCCAUCUUUUUGAGCAAUCUUGAUAAUUUUUCAUUCCUAUAAGAUAUCGUACCUACGGACGUACUUAUCUAACUUCUUGAAAUCAUCAUAAUUUUUUCAUGUACCUUCCUAUUGCUAUUUACUUACUUGAAAAUAAAAUAACAGUACUUAUACUUAAGCCUACGUAUGCAUUAUUAUUGAUCAAGUAUUUACCUGCUUUCUUCUUGUACCUGUUUAACUGUAAGAUUUAGGUAACAAACAUUUCUUCAAAUUGUUUGUUGUGAAAGUAUUUUACAUUUUUGUGUACAGUUUCUCAUACAAAUAAAAACUGAUUUUCGAAAAA